AUGACCCCUAGAGCCACCAAGUUCACGCUCAAUGAUCCGUCGUUCACACUUCCGAAUGGCGGGCUAUCGCUUAUUUGCGGUAAGCUCGGGAGUGGGAAAACUCUGCUCUUGCUUGGGCUGCUCAGCGAGGCAGACGUUACCAUCCAGCGGAUUAUCAAGAAGGAAGAUUGGAUCGUAAAGGGCGUGGCGUCUGCGCAUAUGUACCGCAGGUGGCCUGGCUCCUUGUUUGAUGCCAUCACAGAUAAUAUCCUCUUUGGACUGCCCCUAGAUGAGCAACGCUAUGUCAAAACGCUCGAGGCUGGCGCUUUAGUAACUGACCUCAGGAUUUUGGAAGACGGCGAUGAGACCGAAAUCGGCGAGAAAGGGAUAAACAUUUCUGGGGGACAGAAAGCAAGAGUGUCACUGGCGAGAGCUCUCUACUCUCGAGUGUCCGUGGUAUUGUUUGAUGAUGUGCUAUCUGCAGUUGACGCGCAUACAGCACACCACCUCUACCACCAGUGUCUUAAGGGUGAACUGAUGUUAGGAAGGACGAUCGUGCUUGUCUCGCACCAUGUUCAGCUCGCUUCAUCCGGCACUAGCUAUGUCGUCGCGCUUGACAAUGGACGAGUGGUCUUUCAAGGAGAUAGAGAUGCCUUCCGGUCAUCGCCUGUGAUGGGCCAGCUAUGCCAUACCGAGGCGUCUGAUGUGAGUAAUGAAAUGGACGCUGGUGCCAAGGACGAACCAGACACGGUACAGUUCGAGGGAAAUCCAAGUAGGACUGAUGAUGUCACCGAGAGGAGAAACGCUGUCGCCAAUGAGCCUCAGUCCGAAGAGUGCUUACCUAUCAAGUCACCCCGAAAGCUUGUCGAGGACGAGAAACGGGUGGUAGGCCGGAUUGGACGGGACAUCUGGAAAUUGUAUUUUUUAGCUUGCGGCGGUUCGUUAUACUGGAUGACAUUCGUGCUAUCCUUCAUCAUGGGAGCAUUGAUCCCUCUUGUGGAGAAUUGGUGGCUCAAGUGA